AUGAAGACAUCACACUACUCGUUUUAUCAUCCCAUAGAGAUGUCCAUGUUGGUGAGCGAUCGACUCGACAAUCACCAAGUAGUACGGCGACUCGCUUAUCAAAUAGGGUUUCUUUUCCAAUCACAGGAUGAUUUGCUUGAUGUGUACGGUGAUCCAAAUGUUACGGGUAAAGUCGGCACUGAUAUACAAGACGGAAAAUGUACAUGGUGCGCGUCCGAGCGGCCCCAGAAAUCUCGCGAGGGAAACCAGAGAUGA